UGCAUACUUAUCCAUUUCUCUUGCCUUCGCAGCCACACACUGAGAAAGGCCACCUCGAUCAUCGUCUCUUAUUCUCUCUCGCGAAUAAACCGAGAAAUAUUUUCAAACCAAAAUCAUCGUACGACGUCCAGCAAUAUCUCCUCCUACCUCUGCGAUCCAACAUGGACUUGGCUAUGAAGCUUCACUACAUCAAAGGGAUCUACUUUUUCAAAAGUGAUGCAGUUAAGGGGCUUACGGUGAAUGACUUAAAGAAGCCUAUGUUCCAACUGCUCCAACUAUACUUCGCCGUCUCUAGGAGAAUCCGGAGAUCCAGAACAAGCCGGCCUUUCCUCGUGUGUAACGACGGCGGUGUAAGAACUGUGGAGGCAUGUUGUGACGAAGCCAUUGAUGAAUGGUUGGCCAUGGCUGUGGAGGAUGAUUCUGUAUUUGAUGGCCUGGCUUAUAAUCAAGCACUUGGUGAUCCUGAUCUUGGUUUCUCUCCUUUGGUCUUUGUACAGAAAUAGCAUGCUCAACACGUAUGGCCGACUAGUCCACUGUGCUUGCCUUGAAUUCCGCCGUACUUCGCCGUGAAAUCCGCCUAGCCCAACCGCCUAGCUUGUUCCACCCAGCCGCCUAGGUGCCCGCCUAG